AUGGCUGUGGCUUCGGUGCCAAAUAGUGCCAGCCAGGGCUCACCAGCAUGGCCCUGGCACACCCUGGGCUCAGCUGAGGUCCGUGGUGAGACCUGCAAGGAGUUUUACACCAGGGCAUCCCACGGGCACCUGGACCUGCUGCCCAGGGGCUCCGCCCGGCGGUCAGGGCUGCUGCGCAGGGCACUGACCUGCCUGGGGGUGAGGAGCAGCCAUCUGAACCCUGAGCAGCUCAGCAGCCUCGGGGCGUUGGUUUGUGACAUGGAGUCUGAGACCAUCACAGCCUCGGAUCCCAGCAUCCUGGAGAACCUGAAGCUCUGCUCAGCACUGACAGAGGCCCAGAGGGAUGCCCUCAACACUCUGCUGCUUGCUGGGGACACAGUGUAUGGGGAUCCCUCCAGCUGGCACCUGCAGGAGCUGCAGGGCCUGGGGCCGCUCCUGCUGGCUUUGGACCAGAGCACGCUGAGCUUGGUGCCCAAGGAGGCACGGGAGGCUCUGGGCAGGAGCAUCAUGGCCACCUACAGCAGCCAGGGACGUUCCCAGCGGGAGAGGUCGCUGCUGCUGCUCAGAGCCCUGGGGGCACCACCAGCUCCAUCCCAUCCCAGGCAUAAGAGAAACACAGACAGCUGCCCAGCAGUGCCCAUCACGUCCAACACCGUCUCUGACCCUGACUUAGUCCUCAACUACUGGAACUCUGAGGAGUUUGAGCUCUGCCUGAGCACUCAGGUGGUAGAGGCAGACCUGGCACGGCUGCUGCAGCAGCCUCUGCCCACCGGAUUCCUCCUGGUUGUGAAAAAAAGGCUGCAGCAGCUGUACCCCAUGGGCAUCCCGGAGGGGCAGCUGAAGGUGCUCGGGGAGCUGUCCCACCUGUACACACCAGAGGAGAUCAGCCAGUGGGAGCUGACAUCCAGUGACACUCUCCAGGCCCUCCUCAACUCCUCAGAUGGCAGCUGGGAUGCUCCUCAGCUCCAGGAGCUGGUCAGCAGGUACCUGGCCCUAGGGGGCAUGUGGAGCGGGGCCCUGCUUCAGAGCAUGGGUGGGAAAAACCUGUGCCAGCUGCUGGAGGAGCAGGUCGGGCAAAUACCUCCAGAAGCACUCAGGACUGCUGGACAGCUGGACAUCAGCUCUUGCUCUCAGGCCAGGAAGGAGCAGCUCUACAGAAAAGCUCAGGAGGCCUUUGCUGGCCACACAAACACCACCAGGACCUAUUUCUGCCUGAUUCAGCCAUACCUGGGUGGAGCUCCAGCAGAGGACCUGAAAGCCUUGGCUGAGGCUGGCAUUGCCAUAGACAUGGACAUGGACACCUUUCUUGCCCUAAACCCUGCUGAGCUAGAGAAACUCAGUGUCAUGGAUGUGAAGAAUUUGCUUGGGCAAAACCUCCAAGCCCUGAAGGAGGCUGAAAAUGAAACCUUGGUGAUGAGCUGGGUGAAGAAACAAUCCCAGAGGGAGCUGGACCUCAUCCUGGGAAUUGGCCUGCAAGGAGGAAUCCUGCAGCCCCCUCCCACGGGCACAGCCACCACUCCUCCCCCCAGCCCAACAGCCAGUGUCACCCCCAAGCACACUGUCCCCACUGCUGCCACCACCACCGCCCUUAGCAGCCACCCUACAGCUGUACCAAGCACUGCCCCCACCCAGGUCCCCACAACCCCUGGGAGCACUGCCCCCCAUCCUUAUACCAUUGGCCCCAGCGCUUCUGGGAGUCCCACUGCCACCUCCACCCCCACACCUCUACCAACCACCACCUCCACCCCUCCUCCAACCCCUCCUCCCCCCUGCUCCAGCUCCCCCCCUCAUCACUCUACCACCUCACAUAAGGUCACCUCUCCCCCUGGCACCCUCCUCAACACCACUGCCAACCCAAACACCACUUCUCCCAGCUCUAUCCCCUCCCCUGCUCUCACACAGGAGCCUACCAGCAGCACUCUUCCUAACCCAACUGUUGCCACCCACCCCACCAGCACCCCACUGGUGUCCAUGAGUCCCCCAGCACCUGGGGGUACCACCCCCCCUACUCCUGCCACCCAGCACACCACCACCCCACGCACCCACAAUGUCCCUGGCACCCUUGUCCCUAACUCCACCGCUGCACCUGCUGCCACCACAGCCUCAGAACCGAAUCCUACCCCCGCUAAGCCCACCCCAGUUCCCAGCUCCACCCUCUCCACCCAGAACAGCUCUGUCCCCUCCACGGCCAAGACUACAACAGAGGAUUGCAGGACUGGUGCCCCUCCAACACCCCCCGGCCCCUCCUCUACCACCACCACCACAGAACCAGCCCCAGCCGUGCCAGAGCCACCCAGACCAACACCCAAUGGCUACAUCAACCUGAAACCUCAGCCUGGAUCAGGGUCCAUGCUCUCCUCCUGCCUGGUGGCCAUACUGACCACAGCCCUGGGGAGCUCCCUGCUGCCAGUGCUCCUCUGA